UAUGCUGAUGUUAGAGAGGAGGAGCCAUCUGGUUCUAACCACCAUACAAAAAGAGAUUGUAAAACCAUAACAUUAAGGAUCUAAAAAUUGCUGACAAUGGGGUUGAGGCUAGGAGUAGUUCAGUUGGUGGUUAUAAGCUUAGUUUACUUCUCUGAUGCACAAUGGCAAGGAAGCUCAACAAAUAACCAGAAGUCCAACAACCCUAUGCUUGCACCAAUAAGGUUUCCUUCUCAAUUACCUGGUCAAGAUCCUAUGGGUGUUCAGUCCAAACAGCUUUUACAAGGUCCAGUAGCAAAACUGACAUGGAGUUUUCCAAAACUACCCGAAGAACCUGAACAGCCAGCAAUUCCUUUUCAGUUGCGGCAGCCUGUCCCCAUCAACAGUGUAGCAGCUCAAUGUGGAGAGAAUUCAGUGUAUGUGGAAGUAAUGGAGGACCUUUUUGGGACCGGGCAUCCACUAAUGGUUUCUGGUUUUACACUGGGAGGCUGUGCUCCAGUAGGCCAGGACAAUACUGCUCAAGUGAUUAUAUUUGAAUCAGAACUGCAAGACUGUGGAAGCAAACCAACGGUGACUGAGAAUGAGCUCAUUUAUACGUUCUCCCUCACUUACACUCCUCAAGAUGCAUUAAGUGGUAGUGUGAUUGUUAGAAGCCCUAGCGCAAUGGUUGGUAUUGAGUGUCAUUAUCCAAGAAUCCAUGAUGUGAGCAGCAAUGCCUUAAUGCCCUCUUGGGUGCCAUAUGCCGCUACUAAGUUUGCAGAAGAACUUUUGAUCUUUUCUCUCAAGCUCAUGACUGAUGACUGGAGAUUUGAGAGACCUUCUCACCAGUAUUUCCUGGGUGACUUCAUCAACAUUGAAGCCUCAGUGAGGCUGUACAACCACGUUCCUUUUCGUGUCUUUGUGGACAACUGUGUGGCUACGGGAGUCCCUGACAUCAAUGCUGUGCCCAGUUACUCCUUCAUUGAGAAUAAUGGGUGUCUGGUUGAUGCUAAGAUCACUGGCUCCAGCUCUCACUUCCUGUCCCGAACUCAAAACGACAAGCUGCAGUUCCAACUAGAGGCUUUCAGGUUCCAGCAAGAGAACAGUGGGCUGGUCUACAUCACUUGUGUUCUGAAAGUGGCUGAAGCAUCCACCCCUACUAAUGCAGAGCAAAAGGCUUGCUCAUUUGCUGCUAAUAGGUGGGUGUCUGCCGAUGAAUCUGACCAAGUGUGUGGCUGCUGUGACUCAAAUUGUGGUACGAGGACUGGAAGUGAUCAAGCCCUCAAAGACCCACGGUGGCAGAGUGUAUCUGUCGGACCCAUCGCAGUCAAGCAAUAUGGUUCUGGACAAGUGUAACAGGAAUUGGCUAUGUUACCGGAAAAUAAAUAUAUUGUUCUUAAA